CUCAUCCAUGUCAUCCGUCCUUUGUUCCAUCGCUAUUUCUUUACCAUUCAAUUUUUGAUCCUUCAGCACUCAAUUAUUCACCGCCAUGAUCAUCAACCUGUUAACCACAGCUUUGGUCCUGUGCAUUCUAGGUGUCGUGCUCCUCUUGAUCGCUUAUUUGACUUCACUCGCCAUUCUUUUGUUCGUGCCAUGGACCCAAGCGUACCUUGUCUUCGCUCAUUGGUUACGAUUUCAAAACCCUGCAAGGUUGCUCACUCCUGAAGCAUAUACACUCCGACCCUUUAGCACGCGAAAUAUCCGGAUAUCCACACCAGACAACUUGCAGCUUGGAGCUUGGCAUAUCCUACCUAUCAACACACCUAGGACUGUUCUGGAAAAGAUACAUGCAAACGAACCCGCUUCUCCUCGUCUUGAUAAUGGAAGAAACUCUGAUAGCGGCUAUGGCAUCUUCAUCAACGAGCAGACAGAAUCCAUUUUUGAGGAAGCCUUGAAGACAGCAGAUAAAGUUAUUCUAUAUUUUCAUGGUCAAGUGGGCGAUCGAGGGAAAUCUAAUAGGAUCGCGACAUACAAGGGUAUUCAGGAAGCAUUGCCUUCUGCUCAUAUCAUCACUAUUGACUGUCGAGGCUACGGGGAUUCGGAGGGCUUUCCAUCUGAGCUAGGUUUCAAAAUGGACGCCUUUGCAGCCUGGCAAUGGGUAACAAAGCGGGUAGCGAGUGAAAAAGUUAUUAUCUAUGGGCACUCCCUCGGUUCAGGAAUUGCAACCAAUUUAUGCCUACAACUUGAGGAGCAGCAAAUCGCACCUUUAGCCAUGGUACUUGAUGCAGCAUUCACUUCAAUGCCUGACAUGAUGACGGCAUACAGAAAAAUCCCUAUUGUCCGACCUUUUGCCCGCUUUCCGUUCCUUUUAAACCAUUUCAAGUUGAGAUUGAUGGAUCGCUUUGAAACUGUCCAAGCUGUCGAAACUAUAAAGUCUCCGCUGCUGCUGAUUCACGGGCAAGAAGAUGCGGACGUACUAAUCUCAAAUUCCCAUACAUUAUUUCACACUGCCCUCACAGCUCGUCGGCUACAGCCAUGUACAAAGGAGCUCGCAGUGACCGAGGCUGGGGAAGCAGCUUCAGCAGAAGAUGAAUUAGCUCGUGCAGGACUAGACCUUUCAUUCCAAAUUAGCCACUCUACCAGCAGAAAUAUUAACGCGGACGAAAAUCAUAUCCAACUGAGAACGAAGGGCAAGUCGUGGAGCAAAGGCAUUGAUGUUCUAGAUGAUAAUUUAGAUGAGUCAGAUUCUACCAAGGAGUUAAAGCCACCAUCGUAUAGUGACGACUCUGGUCUCGGUAGCGAGGGUAACAGCGGGAACAGUAGUGUAUUUACGACCUCCCCACUCCAUGGCUCUGGUGAAUCAGUACAAGGGCAUCAACAACGUGAACGUCAGCGCAACCGUGGACAAGGACAAUGUCACACUGUUCAGCUGGAUUUUCCGCGCGAAGGUUCGCUUGAGUAUAAUCAAGAAUACCAAAUUGGAUUCUUGACAGUGCAAUAUGCAGCACAUAAUACCUGUAUGGAUUUUGUGCUUUCAACAGAGGUUCUGGGGCUGUUCAUAAAGACAACAGAGAAUCAACGACGUAAGAAUACGUCGACUUAUGCGAAUAUCAGUAGGCAUGACUGUGAUGAAUACGACCUAGAUCUUGCGUCAGCACUUUGUCGUGACAGGAUCGGGUAUGUUGACCGGAGCGAAGUGCCUGAGGUGGUAGAGUAAAAUUGAGAAGCAAA